AUGAGGAUAUUGUGUCUUCCUGGUGCCUAUGGCAGCUCCGAUAAGUUUCAGGUGCAGUUGGCACCUCUCGUCAAGGAACUAACGGGAGACGGAACUGCGACCUUCCACUUCAUCCAUGGGCCAUGCAAGGCCGUCCCUCCCGAGGGGUUUGAGGAUUACUUUGGCAACGCGCCAUACUUCCGUUUUAUCGAGCCAGACAAGGACUUGGGAAACCCGAAUCAAGAUGAUAUCCUGGCGAGGAUUCGAGACUUCCCCGACUGCGAAACGCCCGAAGACACCAUGCGGGAGCUGAUGCGGGAGGGUGUUUCGACGACGCACCGUAGCACGAACAACGCGCUCAAGUUUCUGCUCAAGGUCAUGCAGGAGCAGGGCCCAUUUGAUGCCAUCAUCGGAUACUCAGAAGGCGCAACAGUGGCCGCCACCCUCCUGCUCCACGAGCAGCGAAGGCUCAAGAAGAAGAAGAUCCAACCCAUGUUCAAGUAUGCCAUCUUCUUCGCCGGGUGGCCACCAUUGGACCCGGACCUCCACAACAUGAUUCUGAGCGAUGAGACGGAUACCAUGAUCGAGAUCCCGACGUGCCACAUCAUCGGUUCCCUUGACCCCUAUGUUCACGGGUCCAUGGCCCUCUUCAACGUCUGCGACCCAGAUACUGCCUACAUGUUCGAUCACGCGAAAGGCCAUACCUUACCUCGGGAUAAGGAUACCGUCAAGGAACUGGGGGAUGUUGUCCGGGAAGCAAUCGAGACCUACAGCAUCGGUAUCCGCUGA